GGGAGGGGAUGAGAGACGGAGAGGGUGGAGGGAAGCAGGUUAAGAGUCAUUCAAUGAGAAAAGACGAUACACUCGCUAACAACGUUUAAGACGAGGCCACUCCUAAGGAUAUAUUAACCGAUAUUCAAGGAAGUAAAUGCACAAGGAAAAAAAACAGACAAUAGCUCGUGGAAUUGGAUCCCCUCCCUAUACACUGAGGCUGCUGGGAAGAUCGCACUGAUUUGCAGUAAGGAAGUGUAUUUCAUCCGUUGCCAUUGCUGGUGCUUUCCGUAUUUUAUAUGCGUUUUUUUUGCAUAUCAUCUGAUUUGGAUUAUUUUGUGGCAACCCUCCUUCUAUGGAGGGGGGCAAGGAAUCAUGUUUAUCCUUUCAGCUUGCAUUCUGGCUUUUGUGUUUGAGGCUAGGUGUACAGACAAGUGUCAGCUCCAGCAUUGGAUUUUCCCCUCAGCAAUAUGCUCCUGGCUUCACCACCUACUGCUUUGUCUACCAUAAAACAGCAGUAGAUGUGCCCCAGCAACUGGAGAUUGUAGACCGCAUAAAGAACCGGGCCAUUGCAUUUUGAAGCAUAUGAUGUGUUUUUCUAUGAAUCUGAUGAGUGAAGCACCAGCGUUGAUUUUGGAUUACAAAGAUGCAUCAGCAUUGAAACGCUCCCCCUCCCCAUGAUGAUGGCAGCUAAGGAUGUUUGUAACCAUAGCUGUGACCUAAAGACAGCUAGGCUGUGGAGAGAUGCUGCGUUGCGCUCCAGAAAGCUGAGGAGCAGUCUCCGGCAACUUACUGUGACCUGUGGGGAGCAGAAUAAGCUUAUCCUACCAGAGGACUUGGGAGAUGUGGAGGUACUGAAUUUAGGUAAUAAUGCCCUGGAGGAGGUCCCGGAUGGCCUGCAGAGCUUGGCUACGGGCAACCUGCACGUCCUAAUUCUGCGCAGGAACAAGUUUCUGAAUGUCCCUUCUGCCGUGUAUGAGCUGGGAAGGCUAACCGAGUUGGACAUGAGCCACAAUAGGCUUACUUGUCUGACUGAAGCGGUGGGGUUGCUAAGCCAACUGAAGAAGCUUUGCUUGAGCCACAAUCAGCUCCAAACUUUACCCAGAGUAAUUGGUACCCUUAUGCACCUGGAGGAGCUGGAUGUCAGCUUCAAUCGUAUAAACUACCUGCCCGACACCAUGCAGGGGCUGCCCCGCCUCAGAACAUUGGACUUGGACCACAACGACCUGUUCAGCUUUCCUCAACAACUCUUACACCUGCCCAGCCUGGAGGAGCUGGACUUCUCUGGCAAUAAAAUGUUAGGAAGCAAUUGUAGUGGGUCCCUGCCAGAUGGUAUCAGGUCCAUGCAGUCUCUGAAAGUCUUAUGGCUCAGCAGCACUGGGCUUUCUACCUUACCUGAUUCAUUCUGUGACAUAGUGAGUUUGGAAAGUAUCAUGUUGGACAAUAACAAUCUAUGCUCAUUGCCUGAACGUUUUGGGUCCCUGCAGAAGCUGAGGAUGAUUAACCUAUCCUCCAACUCAUUUAAGGACUUUCCAUGUGCACUCCUGGAAUUGGAAGGGUUGGAGGAGCUGUACAUGAGCCGGAACAAGCUGAGUGUUGUUCCAGAGGAACUGUCUAGACUGUGUAAACUGGUGACAUUAUGGCUGGACAACAACGUGAUAAGGUAUUUACCAGACUCAAUUGUAGAGCUUACUUUCCUGGAAGAGUUGGUGCUGCAAGGAAACCAAAUAGCAAUCCUCCCAGAUAACUUUGGGAAACUUUCCAAAGUUAAUAUCUGGAAGAUCAAAGACAAUCCUUUGAUACAACCUCCUUAUGAGGUAUGCAUGAAAGGCAUUCCUUAUAUAGCUGCUUAUCAAAAAGAGCUGGCUCAUUCACACCCUGCUGUCAAGCCAAGGUUAAAAUUGGUCCUCACAGGCCUGAAAAAUGCUGGUAAGACUGUUCUCAGGCAUUGUCUGACUGAUAGUCAGCAAGCCAACCCCACGCUGGGAAAUAAAGGGAUUGAAGUUACUAAUUGGACUGCAGAUGCUGAGAGGGGUCUCUCAUUCAUAGUGUAUGAUUUAGCUGGGGAUCUGAGCUAUGAUGUCAUUAAACCUUUUUUUCUUUCCCCUGGUGCUCUGUAUAUAUUAGUAGUUAAUAUAAAAUCUUAUGUUUCCAAUCAAUUUUAUACAUAUGUGGGUUAUUUUUUGCAUUUUAUCAGUGCCAAGGUACCACAUGCAGUUGUGUGUAUAGUAGGGACUCAUGCUGACUUAUGUGAAGCAAAGGAACUUGAGGAGAAAUGUCUUGAUAUACACCAUCAGAUAUCCCUACAGGAAAAGCGGGACUCAGAGACUCUACAAAACAUGGCACAAGUAGUUGAUGAAGCUCUCUGUCAGGAUUAUGAUAUGCGUGCCUCAAAUCCCCACGCAGCCUUUUAUGGUGUUAACAAUAAAAAUCUAAGGAGAAAGAAAGCCCAGUUUCAAUAUUUAUUGAACAAUCGUCUUCAGAUCCUUUCACCUGUAAUCUGUGUUGGUUGCCAUGAUUAUUCAAACAUCAGGCGCUUGAGGGACAAGCUCCUUUCUGUAGCAGAACACCGAGAAAUAUUUCCAAACUUGCAUCGUGUUCUUCCAAAAUCCUGGCAAAUGCUAGAAGAAUUGCACUUCAAACCUCAGGAGCUCUGGCUGACAUGGUGGGACUCUGCAAGGUUGGGCCUACAAGCUGGGCUUACCGAAGACCGGUUGCAGAGCGCCUUGUCAUAUUUACAUGAAAGCGGGAAGCUGCUUUACUUUGAGGAUAAUACCACUCUUAAAGAGUAUGUUUUUCAUAAUCUAACUAAGCUUAUAGACAUUUUGAAUGUUUUUUUCCAGAGGGAUGCCUCUAUUUUGUUGCAGAAACUAAUGAGUAACACUAAGGUUGAUGCGCUAUAUUCUACUCAGCUACAUCACUAUAUAGAAGGGUUUCUGCUGCAUGGCCUACUGCCUACUCACAUAAUCAAAAUGCUUCUUAAACCACAUAUCAAAACACACCAAGAUUUACAUCUGAUUUUGGAACUGUUGGAAAAAAUGGGCCUCUGCUAUUGUAUCAACAAACCCAAGUCUAAACCGCUAAAUGGGGCCACUGCCUGGUAUACCUUCCCAUGCUAUGUAAAGAAUGAGGUGCCGCACGCAGAGGCCUGGAUUAACAGUACGAAUAUUUCUGGACAGUCACUGGCUGUAGAACAGCUUCAGAUAGAAUUCAGUUUUCCCUUUAUUUUCCCACCUGGUUUGUUUGCCCGCUUCAGCGUCCAAAUUAAUAAUCACAUAGUCCAUCGAUCGGAUGGUAAAUUUCAGAUCUUUGCCUAUCGGGGAAAAGUACCUGUGGUUGUGAGUUUUCGACCAUCUAAAGGAGUCCUACAGCCAGACAUUUUGUGUAUUGCUAGUCAUGCAUCAUUGCCUAAUAUAUGGACUGCAUGGCAAGCCAUAACACCAUUGGUCGAGGAACUCAAUGGAUUAUUGCAGGAAUGGUCCGGCCUUUACUACACAGUACAUGUUCUUUGUUCUAAGUGCCUUAAGAGGGGAUCACCCAACCCACACACCUUUCCGGGAGAGUUAUUGACCCAGCAACGGCCAGAGGGAAUAACAGAAAUAAUCUGUCCAAAAAACGGUAGCGAGCGAGUCAACGUGGCCCUGGUGUAUCCACCAACCCCAACAGUGAUCAGCCCCUGUUCCAAGUGAACUAUUUUGAUGCCUUGCUCUUCCACUGCAGUAUUUGUUAAAUACAAAACCAUAAGUAAAUAAAAGGAAUUAUUAACUUAGAAAAUCACUGUUUACCCCAAAACAAGGACUGAAACCUCAUAGUAUUUCAAAAUGCUUUAGAGGCACUAUAAUUAUUUGGAAAGCAGAUGAUUUCAGAGCUUUAAAUGAUAACAAAGUAGAAGAAUUCAUUAAUUCUUUGCUGCAAAUGGACCGGGAAAGAAAAUAUCUCGAGCACUUAAAUCUCAGAACAUUUUUGUGCAUAAUAGACAUUUUAGAUAUUUAAUUGGUGUAUAUUGCGUUCUAAUGAGAUAUAAAACAGUGUGAAUAUAUAAAUGAUAUCAAACAAGCUUAAGAAAA